AACUGCGCCUGAUCGACAUUGGUCAGCGGACAACUGUUCGACUCCAUCGCCCUCCACGGUCAAUAUUAGUACCAUUGCAACUGCUGGGUGUGGGCGAAUCUGCGCCCCGCCACCGGAACCAAAAAGCAGCACCCUGAAUUUCUCAUCGUUUAAAUCAAGCUUCACUUCCAAUGUUAAUUUCCUGAAGAGAAGAUUUAGCUCGGGAGACUUGUCUUCCGAGGUCGAUGAUGUUGAUCCCAAUAGCUUGCCGCCAGCUGCGCGUCCUAUACAGGACCAGCCAACGAAGCCGAAUGCAGCAGGCGGACCACCGAGCAUGCCGCCUCCACCGGCACCAGGACAAGUGCCGCCGCAGCCCGCUGGCGCUGCUCCGGAGUUGUCCCUAAGCUUUGGCGCUGGAAAGGCACCGACUGCAGCGGCUCCAGCGCCACCACGUGGCGUUAGUGCUCCAACGAGCCCAGCCAAGUCGCGAGAGAGUCUCUUGCAACGUGUGCAAAGCUUAACGGGCGCAGCAAGAGACCAGGGUGCUUCCAUAUUGGGAGCUGCAGUUCAGAGUGCCACCCAACGUGCUCCUACCUUUAACAAGGAUAGAUACUUUACGUUAUUGGUGUUGGAUGAUCAGAAUACGGACUGGUCAAAAUACUUCCGUGGCCGGCGACUCCAUGGCGAUUUUGACAUACGCGUGGAGCAGGCCGAGUUCAGAGACAUUACUGUAGUCUCGAGCGCAGAUACCGGACCUGUCGUCACAAUGGCCGCAUAUCGCAGUGGCACCCGGGUAGCCCGUUCGUUCCGACCGGACUUUGUAUUGAUCCGGCAACCGCCGCGUGACGGUUCCAGUGAUUAUCGAUCGACCAUACUGGGCCUUAAAUAUGGCGGAGUACCCAGCAUCAAUUCGUUGCAUUCUAUUUACCAGUUUCAGGAUAAACCAUGGGUCUUCUCGCAUCUGCUGCAGCUGCAGCGGCGUCUGGGCCGAGAUGGCUUUCCGUUGAUUGAGCAAACAUUCUUUCCGAAUCCACGUGAUUUGUUCCAAUUUACCAAGUUCCCAAGUGUUCUGAAGGCUGGGCAUUGCCACGGCGGUGUGGCCACAGCCCGAUUGGAGAACCAGAGCGCUUUACAAGAUGCUGCUGGACUUGUUAGCGGUGCUGGCAAUGAUUCGCAUUGUUAUUGCACCAUUGAGCCCUACAUUGAUGCCAAGUUUAGCGUACACAUUCAAAAGAUUGGCAACAACUACAAGGCAUUUAUGCGCAAAUCGAUCACUGGCAAUUGGAAAACCAAUCAGGGCUCGGCCAUGCUCGAGCAAAUCACUUUAACCGAGAAGUACAAAACCUGGGUUGAUGAGAUAUCCGAGCUCUUCGGAGGAAUGGAGGUGUGCGGCCUUUCAGUGGUUGUGGCCAAAGAUGGUCGCGAGUACAUCAUCAGUGCUUGCGACAGCACCUUUGCUCUGAUUGGAGACAGUCAGGAGGACGAUCGUAGACAAAUAGCUGACUUGGUAUCAGGACGCAUGCAGAACGUAUGUCGGCCUAAUAUGGCGCAGACGGGUCCCGGCAAGCUGCCAUCACGUUCCUCGGUUUCUUCUCGUGCCGAGAGUCCCACUGAUGAUCUGGCCCCAACACCACCGCUGCCUGCAGGACCAAGGCCAGCACCGAUGGGUGGACCACCGCCAAUACCGGAGCGAACCUCUCCAGCGGUUGGCUCAAUCGGACGUCUGAGCAGCCGCAGCAGCAUCUCAGAGCUACCGGAGGAGCCUUCCUCGUCAGUGCCCAGUACUGUGGGAGGAGGCGUGCGUCGUGACUCGCAAACAUCGCAGGCAUCGAGCAUCUCAUCGGUGUCCAGGACCGGACAACGUCCUCCGCAAUCUCAGAGCUCAGUUGUUGAAGAUGCGGAGGACACCAUGAAGAACUUGAGGAAGACAUUUGCGGGGAUCUUUGGUGACAUGUAGGAAAUCGCUAAUAAGAAACGCGGCAGAACGGCGAGCGAGACGAGCAACAGCAGCGGCUUAGGCAGUGUGCCCAGUAGUGCUGGACCUGCCACUGGUGCCAGUGGCACCAGCAGCGGAGCCAGUGGCGGCUUCAGCGGCUCAUUUCUGGGCAAGCAAUUCUCGUUCGCCUCGGGCGGCAAAUCCAAUGGCGCGGCAACGGAAGUGAUAUCGUCACAGCCAAACCGACCCUUGGAGGAGCCUGCGGCCAGCUCAGCCGCUUUGCCCACAGCCAGCGUUUUGGAUAGCGCCAAUACAAAUACGGAUAAUAUAACAACUGGCGGCUACAAGCCGGUGACCAAUUUUGAGCCCCAAGAGCGUGUCAACCCCUUUGAUAAGGAGCCCCACAAGUCGGUCAGUGCCACUAGCAUGGGUGCUGUCUCGAAUGCAUCGUCGUCGUCGUCGUCGAUGUCAUCGUCUUCGAUAUCGUCGCGCAUCAAUCGCAAUGGCAACAACUCAGUGAAAUCACCGCCACCACCGGCUGGACCACCACCACCGCCGCCCUCGAAUGCCAAUGUCACCACAAAACCAAACACAAAUAACUCAAAUGCAAGUGCAAGUGCGACAGCGUAUCGAGGCAGCUUUAGUAGCUCGCUGAGCAAGGACAAGACCAGUUACGGCAACUACGACAGCAGCAGCUCAAUUGAGACCAUCACACGCAUGGAUACCAAUACCACAAACACAGCGGCAACAGCCACCGGUGCAGGGGAGGCCAGCGGCAUUACAGCGAUCACCACCGACGCCGUUGGCGGCGCCGCCAUUACAAGUUCAACAUCGACCAACGAUUGGCGAUCGGCGAUUGGCAUGAGAUCGGCGAGCGUUUAUAGCGCGCCCGCUGCUGUUACCACAGCUGCUCUGCCGGGCGACACCUCCGGCUACGAUUCGAAUUCGUUGGCAUCGCAGGCCGGCUACAACAAUCCCAGUGAUUUGCCCUCAUACACCCGGCCCUCUUACUCCCGCUCCGAGAGCAACGCCUCCAAGCAGUCCGACUUGGACAUCAUAUUCGGUGAAAAUAAGUCAUCGUCUUCGAUAACGGCCUCGUCCUCAGGCAACGGAAAAUAUACCCGAGCCGGUGGCUCAAUCUCCGAUGCGGACAUGAUCUUUGGGGGUCCACCCUCGAAUUACAAGAGCGAUCGCUUUGGGGCUGCCAAGAGCAUGAGCAUGAGUUCAAGCGGCGUUGGUGCGUCAUCCAACUCCUAUAAGAUAUACGAGGGCAUACAGAAUGCAGCAUUUAGCGACUACAGCGACUCGGGUAGCAUUGCGAGCACCAACUCCGGCAGCAAACGAUGGAACAGCAAGCCCGACGAUGAUGAUGAAUUGGAUUUGAAAUAAGUUCAAUUUGACACCCACACACACACUAACACACGCACACACACACACACACACACAUAGAAAUAAUCAUUCUACACUCGAACUAUGGAAAAUCUGUCUUGUUUCUGCCUCCGAAGUUUCCUGGUUUCAUACGAAUCCAAAUCAUACCAUACACUCACAUGCACCAAGACGCAUACACAGGAAAGUACAUAAACAUACUAUACAUACACAUGCAUUCGAACUUCACCGCAUCUGUAUCAAGUUCUUCAUUGAGUUACUAUUAUUUUCACUCUCAAUGCUGAUAUACAAUAUUUCUUGUUAUUAAUCAAUAUUACAAAUAAGUAUGAAUAUGCAGUUACUUAUCAUUUGCUAUACAAUGAAUACAAGAAAAACUUACAACAUACUAAUAAUAUAUUGAAAUGAAAACUCUACACUACAUAAAUGAUGUAUAAGUAUAACCACCAAAGCAACAACAAUAACAAUGAUAAUAAUAACGAAAACAUAUAUAAAUCCCUCAAGAAUGCGGGACUUCGAUGAUGAUUUGACUGGUUUUGCAGCACGAUAAUGAGAGGAUAUUAGAGAUACUUGAAAAACGUUUUGAAACCUUUUCUAUUUGAAGCGAACAAUACAAAAAUAUAUACCUUAUAUAUAUCUUAUUGAGGCAAAUAUCGUUCAGGCAAAUGAACGAAAGAAAUAUUAAAUUAUUAAAAACCAUAAUGGUAAUAUAAAUGUUGCUAAAUAAGAACACAUAUUCCCAAGCGUAUAUUACAUGUUAACUUGCUAUUAAAAGCCUAUUUCGAAUAACACUUACGAAUUAACUUGUUGCAAAUGAAUUGGCAAAAAUACGAGAUAUGAAUCUUAAAUACUUAUAAAACUACUAAAGGGCACAUAUGAAUUCCGAGAAAUUCGUGUGCUUUAAUAAAAGACAAUAUGCGUGAAGUAUAAAAAUAUAGAUGAGAUAACAAUGCAAAUACACUCAAUGUUUAUAAAGCAAAUAAUGGUUAUUGAAAUUCAUAUAUGUUAACUAUCAGCAAAUGUUACAUGCAAAGGCAUAAAGUCAAAGCAGAAGCUAAUUACACAAGUUUAAUGUUUAUUAUACGCCCACAAAUAUUAUUAUUAUUGUAUUUAGGUACGUAUUAGUAGUUAAUGCUUAAACCCACAGACCUACACACAAACUUACAUACAUAUAUGUAUAGUAUGUAGGUGUAUAUGGAAAAUGUCAAUACAGAGAGACUACUUACUACCGACCUAGACAUUACCCCAACUUCGAGUGAAGCAAUGUUAUAUUAAGUUUUAUGAACAGAAGGCGAACAAAGAAAUCACAAUUAUAAUGAUUCCAUUGUGUGUGCAAAUAUGUGCAUUCAUAUAUUAUAAUGUACUACAAAUAUAUGGGGGUUUAGGAACCAAGCACAUUUUCAACAUUGCAUAUACGCAUACAGCUGAAGUAAAGUACUAACUCAUGGAUGUUGAGAGCAACAACGAAGAUACUAUAGACACUCGUUUUUGGAGAAGCUUAUUAAAGUAUUAACACAAAUGAUUAUUUUUAGCAAUACAUGUGUUAUUUAUUUUGUCACGCACAUGUUUUAGCAUUAUUUUAACAAUAGUUAAAUAUUUACAAGUAGACAAUUUUUGUUGUUACAUGUCGAGAAUAUAGUUGAAUCAUCUUUUGGAUUGGGUUGUAAGUACUACAACAACUUUUAAAGUGUAUUUUAAAAGAUAUAUAUUAUUUAGUUAAAAAUAUACAAGUCGUGCAAUAGAGAUAUUUUAAUCAAUAAAUUGUAAGCUUUUUCAAAUAUACAUAUGUAUGUAGAAAGCAAUGCUCGAUAACUUUCUAUUCAUAUUUUCUAAUACUUUCAACUUUAGUAGUGUUUUAAUCUGUCUAUCAAUUUUCGGAAUUUCUACUAAUUGAAUAAACAUAAAAAUAUUACAUGAAACAUGAUUUAUUCAGAUUGUUAUGAACUAGACCUAAAGACCUAUCAAACAUAUUACUUACUCAUAUACACUUUUUGAAUACUCAUCUUUGGCUACAUGUACUCAUUGUAACCCCAAGACAUUAUCAUUUAAAUCGUACAUAUGAAACUGUUUUGAAAACAACAAUUUAUAUUGAAGUUCGUCGUCGAAGAAUAAGAAGAAGAAGAAGAUAUAUGUUACACAUAGUACACAUCCAUAUAUAACAAUUUACAUACGAGCAAACAUACACAUCCACAUAUACUCAUUACGUAUCUUGCCCAUCUUCGGAAUUUAACCGUUCUGAAUAAUGAAGUACACAAUGCUGAAACAGAAAACCAACAAAAAAUACUCUAAACAAAAACAAGCAUAAGAUAUAUUACAAAACAAAACAACAUCAAUGCAAUAUCAAACAAAAAUUAAAGAAAUCAAUACUCGUAUUAAUGUGAAAGGCGAAGCAAAAACAAAAACAAAAACAAAAAGGAUAAAUAUUUCUAAUCGUAUAUACAUAUACACCUUAAUACCACACGUACUUAUGGAAUAUGUACUUGUAUGUUGUUUGUAAUUGCAAAAAUUUCUGAACAUUUAUUGGAGAAGACGGAUACAUAAAACAUUUGUAUUUGUAUUAUAACCAUUUAUUGACAAAAUAUACAUAUGUUAUAUACACAUAAUAAACUAAUAAAAUAUGUACUUUCAACUAUUCCAACGGAUACUGCAAACCAAAAACUAAAAUACAAGUAACAAUAAAUGCGUUGAUGAUUGAUACAAAAGCCACAGUACUUUUACUUAAUCAUAGCCUAUUCUCCAUGCACAAUUUCGCGUGCGUCUACCUGAGUUAUUUUUGCAGAGAGCGAAAGGAAAGAGAUAGAGAGGGGGAACGAGAGCACAGGUAGGCAAAUCU